UAAAUAAGUUCUUCACAUACUCUGAACCUAUAGUGGUAUCAGAGCCAAAACCUCUAAUGAGUCUCCUCUGUCUUACCAAUGGCCAAAACCUCUGGAACCUGCGACAGCACCUCCUCUUCUGGUGCGAACUCUCCAACCCAUAAUCAUAAUACCAGCAACCCGAACUCCGCAGCCAUCGACCUCAACCAUGCUACUCGAGGACCCAUAUCCUUCAACUCUGCUGUGUUUCCUCUUAAGCUAACCCCCACCAAUUAUCCCUCCUGGAAGACGCAAUUCACGUGUCUUGUUGCAGGUUAUGAUUUACUUGGUUUUCUGGAUGGCACAAAUCCAUGUCCUGUGGCUACGGAACCAACCUAUGCUCUUUGGGCUCGGCAAGAUCAACUCUUACGCCAUGCACUCAUUACUUCAGUUUCAGAGAACAUCACACCCUACAUUGCUGCGGCACCCACUGCUCAACAUGCCUGGGAAAUGCUAGCCAACCUCUAUGCAAACCGAUCGCGUCCAGAAUUUCGAGAGAUUGCAGCAUCUCUUCGAACGCGAGACACCUCUCUGCCCUUUGAUGAUCUCCAUGAUCGGUUGGUGGCUCAUGAAGAAAGUCUCCGACGGGAAGAUACUAAACUGGAAUCCACUCCUCUCACUGCCCACUUUGCUAGAGCAGCCACAACACCCUCUUCCUCCAUCGUGACCUCGGCUGGACUGUUGCCCACACCUCACAAUGGUCGCCAUUUUGCCCACAAGUGUCCGUUUUACCAGGUUCAACAACACCCUCCGCAUGCCAACUUUGCAUCCUCUCCCAACAUUGCUUCUGAGGAUUGGCUACUCGACUCUGGUGCAACUCACCAUGUGACCACGGACCUUGCCAAUCUCGCCUUGCACUCUGAAUAUCUUGGCCCUAAUGAACUUCAAAUUGGGGAUGGAACAGUUCCCAUUGACAUUGUUUGCCACUGCCCGGCUGCUGGUCGCUCAAUGUUGCCUCCUUGUGCUAUAGUUCCCCAUCAUGAGGUAGUCCCCAUGUCCACCAAACCAGUCAUUCCUCACUCACCAGUCUCUCCGUCGGCUCCUACCUCCACACCUCGUUCUCCCACUCAAAGCCCCUGUCCAACCUCAACCCCUACCGUCACCCCCACCAUCGCUGAAUUGGACUCCUCUCCUCCUCUAUCCUCCAACCAUGCCACUUCUAAUAACCUCCCACCACCACCGCCUCCCCCACCUAUCCGCACUCAUCCCAUGGUCACCCGUUCUCAACACAACAUCUUUAAACCAAAGACCUUACAUCAUGCAACCAUGGCCUCCCCAUUCCCUUCACCUAAACCCAUUUGUGUGUCUCAAGCACUCAAAGAUUCCCAUUGGAGACGGGCCAUGUCGGAGGAGUUCAAUGCGUUGAUUCGCCAAGGGACGUGGGAGCUGGUACCCUCUCACUCGGAUCAACAUGUUCUUGGCAACAAGUGGAUAUUUCGGAUAAAACGGGUCUAUGUGGAUGAUAUCAUUGUUACUAGCAACAACCUUUCCUUCACUACCUCUUUAAUCCGGACUAUGGGCCAUCGCUUCUCUCUCAAAGAGCCUAGCGACCUCAGUUACUUUCUUGGCAUUGAGGCUGUGUCGGUUAAUGACGGUCUCUUUCUUUCACGGCAUCGCUAUAUCCAGGACUUAUUACAAAAGUCGAGUAUGACUGAGGCUAAACCCGUGGCUACUCCGCUAGCUUCCACUUCCAAUUUGCUUCUCAACACCGGCGUCACUCUUACAGAUGGUUCAGAAUACAGAAAGCUCGUCAGUUCUCUUCAGUAUCUUGCUCUCACUCGGCCUGACAUUUCCUUUGUUGUUAGUCGUCUCUCACAGUUCAUGCACAAACCCACUGAUGUUCACUGGCAGGCUCUUAAGCGAGUUCUACGCUAUCUUCGUGGCAUUGCCUCUCAUGGGAUCCUUCUCCGGCCACAACAAUCCUUCUCAAUUCACGCCUUUUCUGAUGCAGACUGGGUUGGGGACCGUGACACUUGUCUCUCCACAAUUGGAUACAUUGUUUUUCUUGGUGGGAAUCCCAUUUCGUGGAGAGCGGCCAAACAGCGUACCGUUGCUCAUAGCUCCACCAAAGCAAAGUACAGAGCCUUAGCUGCGUCUUCAUCUGAGCUUGGCAACACUUAGACUCCAACUGUAUAUAUACUCUUGAUAUACUCGUGAAUAAAUAAGUUCUUCACAU